CUUCUCGCUUUGCUACUACAGCUGAGAUACAAGGAAGUUGUAACCUUGAAAAAAACAUUUAUUGCUGUAUCUGUGAUUUGGGUCUGGACUAUUGUAUCUACCGUUAAAACGACGAACUACGAUUCUAAGCCGCUUGCUGAAACUGUUUGGGGUGGCGCCAUAUCUAUAUCAUUGUGUCUAGCGAUCUCCAUAUUUUGUUACACAAAAAUUUAUCUUAUUCUUCGUAAAUAUCAAAAUCAAGUACAAAAUCUUGUUCCUCAGCGAAGACCAAACAUUGCAGGGGCUGCAUUCCCACUGAACAUAGCUCGAUACAGAAGGGCAGUGUCCAGUGCAUUGUGGGUACAAAUAGCAUUGGUUGUUUGUUAUCUGCCUUACAGUAUUGUGGCAGUUAUUACAAUCCAUAAGGACUUAUCUUCUCCUGUGUUCCUUGCUUUGACUUAUGCGGGUCUAUUUACGGUCAUUAACUCGUCUCUGAACCCGUUCCUGUACUGCUGGAAAAAUAGAAACGUCAAGCAAGCAAUGAUGGAUACACUUAGUAAACUCCGCUUUUCAUCCAGUUAA